AUGCCAUUAGAGCGCGUCUUCUCCACAGAGCUUAUCGGCAAGCUCACCUGCACCCAAGAGCUGGACUUGGGUGGAAUGAUUCGAAACCUGUCUCUUCCAGAGACAUCACCCAUUCGUCAAAAGUCGGCCAACUCAUCAAUGGGGCGAAUAGACAUUCUACCUCCAGAGAUCCUCCUAUUCAUUCUCAAUAUCCUCGAUUUCCAAGCCUUGUCUCGACUUUCGCGGGUCUCCCGCAGGGCAAAAGCGACUGUCGAGGCUCUUGUUGCGUACAAAGAAUUGCUGGAGCACGCGCCGGAUGUACUCGUCGCGCUGGGGAAGACCCGACUGUUACAAUACCACUCAGCUGCAUUACUUCGACAGACACUUCGGGCAGGCCGGUGCGUGUCUUGCCUCCACUUUGGCGGUUUUCUCCUCCUGCCAACUUGCGAGCGAGUAUGCUUCGAAUGCCUUCAUCAAAAUUAUGCCCUACGCAUGACCACGCUCAACAUGGCCCGGAAGUGUUUUCACCUAACCAACAACCACCUAAAAAAACUCCCAAUAUUUUACAGCAUCCCUGGCACUUAUGGCGUCAUGUUCCUUCUUUCCCGCCGAAAAGUAUAUCGUCUGGUCAGCGUGAAGCAAGUCAAGCAGCUGGCAAUCGAGGUGCAUGGAUCUGCCGAAAAUGUAGCAAACCUCAUGCCGACAACUCCGCCUCGGGGCAUGGCCUGGCGGGAGUUCUGUAUCUUUAAGUGGUUUCACGAGGCGCCGCUGGAGCCCCCAGGAUGCGAUCUAUCACGGAUACCAGAGAGAUCAAACCUCGUUGAGGACGACUUUGGUGGCAUGGCAUCCAUCCGUAUGCCUUGCUUGAGUGGAACUGGUGCGGACUGUGGACGGCUUUGCAAGGGGUGUCGCCUUGCUGAUGAGCUUCACUCGCAAGGACUCCUACCUGCUGCUGUAUUGGAAGAUCUCGCCCCAGGGGGUAUUCGUCCGAGUCGCCCUCUUCGUGCCUUGACGACUCGCCUGCAUUCUCGAGAGGGCUUUGUGGAGCAUAUAAAAACCUGCUAUGGAGUAAAUAGAUUACUAACUGCGUGGGAAACAGAACGGAUGGAGUAA